AUGGCGGCCGAGGUGGUGGUCUUGCACCCCGCGGAGGUGGCGAUUGGCUGCAGAGACCACGGGCAACAGCAGAAUUCAAGAGCCCUGUCCCGUCUGGCAUUUCAGAACCAAGCUCAACCUCAGUUUCCAAAAGCAGCAGAAAAUUCUCCAGCCCAGCAGACACGUCACGCCUCCUCUGGGCAUUUAACUACACGAGCAAACAAGCGGCAGCCGGAGGGGUUCCUAGCAGCCCCCUCCAGGUCCGGUCCUCCACCUGUGCUUCCCCCACAGCAGGCUCCCAGCUGGUCUGUGUCCCAUGUCCCAUGUCCCACGUCCCCUGUCCCAUCCCCACCCCCUCCCACUUUCCCCUGCGGACCAAUCCCCUCAGAGCCAACCCUCACAGCUCCCAUCCUGUUGGCAUGGAGAUCUGGCUUUCCGCCAAAUGCAGACACUCUGCUCAGUUCUCCUGGGUGCCUCCUCUUCUUCAUCAUGUACGCCCACCCCCAGCCCCCCAGAGAAGUGAGGCAAAGCAGGGGACUCCGGGCGACAGGAACAGCAAGUACAAAGGCCCCGGCGUGCAGGGAACCAGAGGGGGAGUGCAGAACCCGUGGCUGCAGAGGGCCCCUCGGGCCUCGGGGCCUGCACCAUGCUGCGGCAGCACAGCUAGAAAGGAGAUGAGUGUUUCAGAGGAGGUGACAUGCGGAUUGGGCUUCACAGGAUGAAUAGGAGUUUGUCAGGUAGAACAGGCCUUCCAGGCAGAGGGAACAGCACAUGCCAAAGCUCCGAAACAAGAGGACCAGUGUGACUGAGAAGUGGCCAGCGUGCAGCGAGGAGAGUCCAGUGUCUUACCUGAAGAAACCCCAGAUGCCCAGGCGGUACUGAAUGGU